CAGGCAAAUACACAAACCCUUCAGUGUGGAAAACCCUUUGUAUCUUAGAGCAUCAUGGCUAGAUCUGCACUCCUGAUUCUCUUGUCCCUUGUUGGACUCUGCACUACAUUUACAGACCAUGUUGUGCAAGAUAAACGACUUGGAACAGAUAGAUCAGACAAGAUAGAAAGUUACAUGCCAAUACUUUGCUCACCAAUGCCUGCCUCCACACCCCCAUCCUCAGUUCAUGCUCUCACACCUGCUGAUAUCACAGCUCUGUAUACAUUGGGAAUGCCUCUGUCACACAGGGAUGAAGCAUCCAGAAUUGUCCGUAGACUAACCGAGUUGGUAUCCAUGUUUAAUCCCGGGGUGAUCUCUCAGCAUGUGGAUCAAACCUCACUGCAGCACAGGAGCUUGUUGCAAGAGGCUCAGGACCUGACUAGCUCCCUUUCACACAAGGUGACAGACUGGAAGAUUGUACUCUUGUUUCUCUCAGCAGACUCCAUGUGUGCAUGUUCCCCUCAGGUUGCUGCUGAUGUUAAAGCUGUGGGGCAUGAAGUGGAAGCAGCACUCCAGAUACUGCAAAAACAUUUGCAUCACACUUUGGUCCAUGUGGUUGUCUGGAGUGGACACCACCAGGAAGAUAAGAUGUGUAAGUGUAUCACAGAUGAAGGCAUAAGCCAAGGCCUACAAAAGGCUACUCUUCUGAAAGCACUGCAGGACUCUAUGAGCCAUCUUUUGACAAAUCUGGCAAGGCACAGCAAAAGUGAAGACUUCACUGUUGAGCUGCAGUCCUCCCCAAUCAUCCUGGAACGAAACUCAGAUUCUGAAAGCACGCGGCCUGACCUUGACCAAUCAGCUGUUCAGCUAUGGACGAGUCUGCUCCAGCCAUCGGCAGCUCAGGCGGAGGUCACAGACAGCAGCAUCAUCACUAUUCCCUGCCCUACGAAGGAACGGCCUUUUCUGCGAACACAGAUCAACUCCCCCAAUGAGAGAGAGUUGGAAAUUCUUAGUAAGGUCUCUGCACCAAUGGACUAUGAUAUGGGUACUGAAAUGCCUUGCACAUAUCGUAGUCCCUCUCCUACCAUACCCACUUCAGUCCAUGAGCUCAGACCUGGAGAUAUUAAGGUGGUGGCAGCUGUAGGCGAUUCUCUGACAGCAGCCAAUGGUGUGGGGGCAAAGCAAGACAACCUCUUGUUAGUGCUUACUCAGUACAGAGGACUGUCAUGGAGCGUUGGUGGUGAUAAAAACUUAACAACUGUGACCACUUUGCCAAACAUCCUGAAGGAGUUUAACCCCUCCCUCACUGGAUUCUCAAAGGGCACUGGCAAUCAAAACAGUCAGCAAGCCUUUCUGAAUCAGGCAGUGCCAGGAGCAAAGAGUAGCGAUAUGGUACCACAGGUCCGAACUCUAGUGGAAAAAAUGAAAACUGACCCGCAAAUUGAUUUCCACAAUGACUGGAAAGUAAUCACCAUGUUUGUCGGAGGCAAUGAUCUAUGUGACUUCUGCACAGACAGUGUCCUCUUCUCGCCUGAGAAUGUGGUCGAUCGAAUCCGCCAAGCCUUGGACAUACUUCAUAGUGAAGUGCCUCGCGCAAUUGUCAAUCUGAUCGAGCUGCUGAACAUCGUGCCACUGCGUGAUUUGCACAAAGAUACAUCUCUGGGCUGUCCAUCCUGGUUUGUGAGGUUAGUUUGCCCCUGUGUGCUGAAGGCUAAAGAGGAAUCAUCUGAACUCCAGAGACUCAAUGACUUCAACAGAGCGUAUCAGUACACCAUGAGAGAGCUAAUUGAUUCAGGGCGGUAUGAUAGCCACGACAACUUCACUGUGGUGCUGCAGCCCUUCUUCAGAGAGGUUUUCCUUCCCAAGCUAGAGGAUGGCCGGCCCGAUCGGUCUUACUUUACACCAGACUGUUUCCACCUUAGCCAGAAAGCUCACACACUCAUGGCUCGAGCACUUUGGAACAACAUGUUAGAGCCAGUUGGCAACAAAACCUUCACACAAGAUUUCACAGCUGGCAUCGAUUUGAAGUGCCCCUCAGAGGAAAACCCAUUUUUUCGAACAGCUAUCAAUAGCAACUACACCUUUCCAGGCCCUCCACCCACCCCUGCUCCAGUAACAAACUGGGGCAGUGACUUCUCUUGUGCUAACACCGCUCCAUCCAACUCCGUGCCCACUUCAGUUCACAGAUUACGGCCAGCAGACAUCAAGGUGGUGGCAGCUGUAGGAGACUCUCUAACAGCUGCAUUUGGUGCAAAGGCAAAAAGUCUAUUGGAACUAAAAACUGAAUACAGAGGGGUGGCAUGGAGCAUUGGAGGGGAUGAAACUCUUGGAACUGUCACAACACUACCCAAUAUACUUAGGAUAUUCAAUCCUCAUAUCAAAGGAAUGUCAAAGGGGCAAGGAAAAAAUCAAACUGGCUUCAACAUGGCUGUUUCGGGGGCUAAAAUAUCAGAAAUCCCUGGGCAGAUCCGACAUCUGAUUGAUACCAUGAAAAAUGACAUGACAGUGGAUUUUCAGAAUGACUGGAAGCUUGUGACCCUCUUCAUUGGAGGCAAUGACCUCUGUCAGUACUGCAAUGACCGGGCUGCUCUUUCACCUGAGAACUACAGCCAUCAUCUAACAACAAGCUUGGAUAUCCUGUACAAAGAGGUUCCAAGAGCCUUUGUCAACGUCUUGGAGAUACUGGAAAUUGAAGGCCUUCGUCGGAUCAAAAGGGACAGUCUCGGGUGCAACGUGUUGCAAAAGCAAGUCUGCCCCUGCUUCUUGUUACCCGGAGAGGAUUCACCAGAGCUGGCUGAAGUUAAACGAAUCAAUCGGGAAUUACAGAUCAAGACUGAAAACCUGAUGCAUGAGAGCCGUUAUGAUGGCAGAGAAGACUUUGCUGUGGUUGUCCAGCCUUUUUUCCAAAACUCCAUUCUUCCUUUGAAUGCUGACGGCAGGCCUGACGACACCUACUUCUCUGAGGACUGUUUCCACUUCAGUGAACGGGGACAUGCUAACAUGGCUACUGCUCUGUGGAAUAACAUGUUGGAGCCAGUGGGUAAAAAACAGACUUACAAUAAUUUCACAAACUCCAGAAACAACAUCAAGUGCCCCACUGAGGAGCAUCCCUACAUCUUUACAAAGGUGAAUAGUUUCCCCAGUUUCACCACAACCCCAGAACCCACAACUCAGACCACAGCCCAGCCUUUCACCUCGGGUUGCUCGGGUAGCGUGCCAGCAUGGCUCGCUGGUGUGCUGGCUGUUAUUGGUCUUGUGAUUGGCUGGGCCGUCACCUGGCUCCUUUUCUUCUACAGAGAUAAGAGGAGCAAGAGAAAGAUGACAGCUGAAGUGGAGAUGAAGACCACAGUGUUUUAAAGUGCUGAUUGAUGUGCACUGGACUAUACAUGGAAUACAAAGAACUGCAGCUACAAAAAUAAUAACAUUUAAAGUGACUUAAAAACCUUUUUUUUGUGUGUGGACAUUAUAAAACAGUGUAUUAGAUUUGUCUACUGUGACUGGAGAAACAACGUACUACCCUUGAUCCACAAAUAAUUAAAUGGAUAUAGAGCAAGUCUUCACAACGGUAAUUGUGGCAAAUAAACUGAAGUGCCUGAUUUAACCUUUAAUAUCUAAAAACGUUGAAAAUGAUGCAUUUCUUCAUAUUUCUGUGUCACUGUUCUGUUAACUGGUAAUAUAUAUUUAAAUGUUGUAGCUGGUCUAACACCUUACAAGAUGAUCCAGUAUAUACAUAAACCACUGCACAUUGUAUAUUUUGUGUGAAAACACUUGCUGACCUCACUUUCACUUAUUACUCAUUUGCAUAUUAAAAAUGUGCAUUUGAAUUUAUUGUAGCACCUUCAGUCAGAGUUUUCAAAUGAUGUGGAGUAAAAUAAACUUGCCACAAUUAAGUGUAAAUAUAUGUCUAAGAUUCUGUGGUUAUUUUUAUGUAAUCAUUCUUAAAUUGUAAACAUGUGUGACUUCUCUGGCCAGACCUGAUGCCAUGUUGAGGAAAUCACUGGAAGUACAGAAUGUCACCUUGUCAUUAAAAGAUAAAACUGUCAUGGUUGCAUCAUUGUGGUUUAUCAUUACCAACAGUGACUCAGCUUGUAAAUAAAACUUACAAAAGGAUAUUUUAUGACCACAUGACAGUGAUAAAAACAUUUCAACAGCUUCUGCUUUUUAAUGUAAUGAAGUAAAAAUGACCAAAUUUCAUU